AUGAAGAAUUUUCUUUUUAUUACUGCUUGUUUGGUUGUGGUGCAAGUACAAAGUCAAGAAUUAUCUCUUGGAACGUGUAGUGAUUAUCCGGUUCAAGUUGUACAGAAUUUUGACGCUUCAAGAUAUUUAGGUGUUUGGUAUGAACAAGCUCGUUAUGAAACCUCUUUCCAAUACAAUUUAGACUGUGUUACUGCAAAUUAUUCACUGCGUGAUGCACAAAACAUAAUUGUUAUUAACAAUGGUAUAAUGUUGAGUACUAGUGAGGUUGUUAGUAUUGAAGGUGUUGCUAAUUUCGCUGAUCCAUCGCUGAGCGAAGGCAAGUUGGAAGUUAAAUUUCCUUCAAGUCCAGUUGCAGAUUAUUGGGUGAUUGGCACAGAUUAUGAUAAUUAUUCUGUUGUCUGGAGCUGUACUGAUUUACAAAUAGUCAACAUACUGCAUAGUCAACAAAUUUCAAGUGGAGAAUGUAAAAACUACGAUGUGAAAAUUGUGCAGGAUUUUGAUGCAUCAAGAUAUCUUGGAAUUUGGUAUGAACAAGCACGAUACGAAGCCAUUUUCCAAUUUAAUAUGGAUUGUGUCCGAGCAAAUUAUUCUUUGAUCGAUGAGAAUAGAAUUAGAGUUGUUAACAGUGGAAUUGUACUAAUUGCUAACGCUGAUAGCAGCAUAGAAGGUGUAGCACGUUUUGUUGAUUCUUCUAAAAAUGAAGGUAAACUCCUGGUUAGAUUUCCAUUAAGUCCUGAAGGCAAUUACUGGGUGAUUGGGACUGAUUAUGAUAAUUAUGCUAUUGUCUGGAGCUGUACUGAUAUUUUACCUGGCAUACUCUCUACAAAUAUGCAAUUCUUGUGGAUUCUUGCACGUUCACCUCACUUAUCCGAUGACAAAAUGACGGAAGUUAAAGAUAUUCUGCAGAAUGCCAAAUUAGAUAGAAGUUCAUUACGUAAAACUAUACAGGAUCAAUGCCCAUGGAGUAAUAAAGUGUGA